GGGUCCCACCAGAAAUGCAGGUUGAAGCAAAUUCUGAGAGAAGAGUGAAAAUAUUGGGGAUUGAUAGGAGCGAAAACAGUCCAGUCUUAACUUACAUGGAAACAGAAGAUGACCCUAAUUUUCGGAAUUCAAAAUUGGCUGCAGCCCCUCACACAGUGCACAUGAUGGAUUCGGGAUUCUUGGCAAUCAACAGACAAUGCCUUGUCAAAGGGAAAGCUAUUCUUGCACGAGAGCCAAAAAGUUCCAACGAACACAUGAUUGAUGAUUUACCGAAGCAUGCACAUGAUCAGCACACUCUUUCCAUUCUGCGAGAUUUCAUCGAUCAACUGAAACUUCACAACGUCUACGAGAUCAACUUCUACGAUCCGUUGGACUCUAGUGGCAAACUUGCCGUCAUCCCAAUGCUUAUUGCUUUAUGGAAAUGCAUGCUUGCCUCAGAAACUGAUAUAUGCGAUCAAGAAGUAUUAAAGUCGAUUAUGAACUCUGUAAUCGCCAAGUUCGAGCUGCAAAUUCCAUGCAAAAAUGCAGUGAUUGAUGCUACUCUUUCUGGAAGUCGAGAAGAAGUGCACAUUAUUGCAGAAGACGGAAGUUUAGAAAACUCAAACGGGACAACGGAGCAUUUCAACAAAAAACACGACCUCGUAUUUGUGAAAACGGAUUUGCACCCAGAAGAUUUCACACCACAAAUGUUUCCCUCUCAAGCUAAAGCUAAGCUUCUUCGAGAUGCGUUCAACAAUGAGGAAGACGAGGAUACGUUUCCCGAUAUUCUAGUUCCAGCAUAUAUGACGGCUCAUUCCAAGAACCGUGUGCGACAAGAAGAUUAUACUUGUCUUGAAGUAGAGUUUGAUAGCCAAGUUGCUCUUGAAAAACUAAUGAACGAACAUGAGCAAGUAGAAGGUUUCGAAGUUCAACAAGGAGGAAUCUUAGUGGCGUUGAAGAAAGACUCAUUUUUCGACGACGAGCUGAUUGAAAAAAUUGCUAUAGCUAUUGCUACUGAAUCAAGGCAAUCAGUGUCUUCAGUGUCAUUUGACCUUCUCAAAUUAGGCCCAGGAGCUUCGCUUGUCACACUUGCCAAUUCUCGGCGGUUUGAGCCAGAGUGCCGUGUUGUGCUUCAAAUUGAAGUUAAACCCGUUAGCCCCGGUGAAACCUCGUCCGAAGGCAUAUCAGAUGAGCAUCAUUAUGAAGAAUAUGAUGAAGAUGACAUUAUGGAAGAAGAAGAAGCUCCAAGUGCUCGACAAGAUGACACGUAUGAUGAGGAUGAAGAGUGAUAAUGAGUUUCCUGCAUUUUUCAAAGUAUUUCCAAAAUGUUUUCAAAACAUUUUAACAUUUUAUAGAACUAUUUAAAUAUUGUUUAAUUUAUUGCACGAUUUGAGCGCAUCUCCUUCUCAUUUCUUUUUUCUUUUCAAAACCUUAGAUUUUUCUGAUUCUCUUUAUUUAGAGAGUUGUGUCAUUGUAACAGUCUGUAAAUUAAAAAAAAAUUCUCAAAGAAGAUAUUUUUUUAAGUUAUAGCCUGUAUGAAAAUGAUACAAUUCGUCAAGACUUUUCAAUAAUUCCAACUUUUUAGGUGUUUUUCAAAAUUAAUGAUCCUUAUUGUUUUAAUCCUUGAAUUCUUGCACGAUUUGAUCGCAACCCAUGUUUUGUAACAUGCAGCAUACAAUCAUUUUCUAUUUUUUUACAGUACUCAGCGCAAUACUACUUAUCUAUGACACAUUUUUCAAAUCGAAUCUCAAUCCCCCUUUUCAGUUCACUUGUUUUUCUUACAGUAUCUAUUGUAAUUAACGCCAUGUGUCACAAAUCUAUAUUUUGUAAACGAGUUAUCUCGCGACUGCCUUUUCCACAUUGCCAAAUCUUGAAAUUGUCACAUUUUUCCACUGGUCGAACAUUUCUCUCAUAUCUGUCUAUCAUUGCCAAAUGUACCCCCAUUUCCCAUAUCAAUCAAUCAAAUAUAUUGCCUGCUCAGAAUAAAAUAUUUGCAAUCAA